CGGAGUUCGGACGGCGCUUCCCGUCCCUCCGGCUGGACCUGAUCACUUCUCUAUAUUCCUUAUUUUAAAGUUCACUCGUUCUUCAGUCAGGUCUUAGUUUUAACCAGGUGUUGUAAACCAACUAUUGAAUGAUUUACUCUUUUAAUGAGAUUGCUAGUUUAUCACCCAAAAAAAGUUCACUCGCUAGACUCAAAUAUUUCACCUCAUUAAAACAGUAGUGUGUUCCACGAGUCCUUAUAUUCUAGAGUUGGUUUAAUUAUGACAAGAGCAGUGAACUGCCAAUUGCCAAAGAAACGGACAAGGCAAAAAGAAACCUUACAUCAUUAGACCAUUUGUAGCGGUGAAGAGUCCAAAUUGUUAAAUUUGGACUCCGUCUAUACGAAAACAGUGUUUAGACUCCGUUAAUACAGUUUUUCCUUGCACCCGUGCGUCGUCUAUAAAAUACACUCUGCAUAUUUUUUACAUAUCAAUUUAGUAAAACAUUAAGUAAAUUAUUAUAAGUAAUGUUUUACUUUAAUUUUUUUCCCUGCAUAAUUAUAAAAUAAAAAAUACACAUUUCGAUGUAAAAAAAAAUUACGUUUUCCGUUUAACAAACUGAGUUCAAGCACAUUGGAGCAUUGGAUUCUCUUCUCAAGUUGUGUAUCCUUUCCUAGCAUUGGAUGCUAUUCUCCACUAUGUGUGUCCUUUCCUAGCAUUGGAUGCUAUUCUCCACUAUGUGUGUCCUUUCGUAGCAUAAAAUGCUAUUCUCCACUAUGUGUGUCCUUUCCUAGAAUUGGAUGCUAUUUUCCACUUGGUGUAUUCAAUUAUAAUUAAUUAGAUCUAUCCUCCACUUGGUCUACACUUUCUUAUAUUACAUUGGAUUCUCUUACCACCAUGUUACUACAUAGAAUAAAUGUUAUUAUAAAUACAUGCUCUCACUUUACAUUGGAAUCACACAACUCACCUUAACUUCUCCCAUAGAAAAUAAUGAGUUCUUUUCCCUCAUUUUACCAAUCCAUUCAUGAAGAUGAAGAAGAAGACGCUCACUCCGACCGCAUGUGAAUGGCUAUGAUGGCUUCUUUAGUUGCAACGAGCUCCAACACUCGUGAGUACAUAGAUCGUGGUCGAGAAGCUGGACAACGUUUGUUGAUGGAUGAUUACUGGAAUCCAAACCCCACCUACAACGCACGUAUCUUCCGGCGUCGAUUUCGCAUGCAACGGCAUUUGUUCGAUCGAAUCAUGACAGAUGUCAUGGCCUUUGAUCCUUAUUUCCUAAGUACAGCUCAUGUUGCAAAUAAGGUAUCUCUUUCUCCUCAACAAAAACUCAUUAGUGCGAUAUUUAUGCUCGCCAAUGGUUGCUCGGCUGAUUCCUUAGACCAGUUAUGUCGUUUGGGUGAGACGACCACACUUUUAUGCCUGAAGAAAUUUUGUAGGGCAAUUGUUAGUGUGUAUGGUUCUUGGUACUUACGAACCCUUAACCCCGGGGAUCUACAUCGUCUUCUUGAAAAUCCUCAAAGAGAGGCUUUCCUGGGAUGAUUGGGUCAAUUGAUUACAUGCACUGGGAGUGGGAAAAUUGUCCUACAUCUUGGGGCGGCUAGUACACGGAGUAUAAAAAAACCAACAAUUGUACUCGAAGCAGUUGCUUCUUAUGAUACUCAUAUUUGGCAUGCAUUUUUUGGCACUGCCGGUUCCAAUAACGACCUGAACACUUUAGCUACCUCUCCCGUCUUUGAUUCUGUUGUAAAUGGAUCUGCCCCUCAGGUGGGAUUCCAGGAAGAUGGUAAGCAUUAUAAUCAAUGUUAUUAUUUAGCUGACCGGUUUUACCCUUUUUGUGGAACUUUUGUUAAGACAAUAAGUCAUCCCGACACUCCUAAGAAAAGGCCUUUUGCUUCGAUGCAAGAGGCUUUUCGUAAGGAUGUUGAAAGAGCAUUUGGAAUAUUACAAGCUAGGUGGGCUAUUAUGCGAGGUCAUGCACGCUUGCACGUCAUACAAACAUUGGGUGAUAUAAUGCUGGCAAUCCUGGCAUGCAUUAUAAUGCACAACAUGAUAGUGGAAGAUGAAUAUGAAGAGAGGGAUGAAGAACCAACCCAUCAGGACUACAGUCAAGACUAUGACAAUAUUGGUGCCACCAUUGAAUUGGAUCUUAAUCACGACGGUCCCACCUUGAGUCAGUAUAUGAUGCGCCACAAUCGAAUUCGAGACUCAUCAGUACACACAUUGCUUAAAAAUGAUCUCAUAAAUUAUUUGUGGAAGCACCAUGGAAAUGGAAUGUAGUUUAUUUGUGUCAUUAAUAUUUAUGUAUUUCCUUAAUAUUUAUGUGUUUCCUUAAAAUAUUUCCUUAAUUGUUUAUGUAUUUUAUCUAUUUCAUUGACUAGUGUUGACUUCGUACUUGUAAUAUUUAUGUGUUUAAAUAUUUAUGUAUUUCGUUAAUAUUUACGUGCCUUAAUAAAAGAUUUGUGUUUGUGUCAAUUACUUC